AGACCAUCGGCUGAUCGGAUUGUCGGGAAGAUCUGAAAGUUGCUUCUUCGACGUCACACUUUUUGUGUUGGAACACGGCUCGAUUGAUAGAUAGACAACGCAAAACCCGCCAUGGACAAGAUCCCGCUCAACUACGAGGCGUCCGAGGGCGACACGCACAAGCGCCAGACGAGCACUUUGCCCACCGAGGUGGUUCAAUGCCUCGAGAAUGCCCGAUUUCUUCACCUGGCCACGUGCACGGAUAACGUGCCCAACGUGUCCCUCAUGAACUACACCUACCUGCCCUCGUCGCCCUACUCCGACUCUCCCGUCAUCAUCAUGACCACCAACCCGGCCUCUCGCAAGACGACCAACAUCAUUGCCAACCCAAACGUUUCUCUCCUCGUUCACGACUGGGUCUCCCACCGCCCUCCAACCCAAGGCCGUCGCAUGUCCGGCGGCUCCCCCACCCCCGAAACCCGCUCCAGCCUCGCCACCCUCCUCCUCAACCUAAACACCUCGGCCGUGUCCAGCAUCAGCGCAACGAUAGGAGGCGCCGCGCGGAUAGCCCCCAUCGGCUCCGAGGAGGAAAAGUUUUACGUCGCGCAGCACCUCGAGAACAACACUUUUGAGGAGGAGGGCACGCCGCUGUUCCAGCCGGUGUCCAACACCCCGGAUAACAGCAACCGCGGCGAGAAUGAUCCGAGCGGGCAUUUCGUGGCUGGGGAGGAGGUGCGUGUCAUUGUGGUCGAUAUCCGGAAUGUGAGGAUUAGCGAUUGGAAGGGCACGGUGAGGGAUUGGGAGUUGACGGCGGAUGCGCCGCUGCUUAACGGAGGUGCUUGAUAGGUAGGCUGGUUGGCAUGAGGGUGUUUUGUCAAGGUUGUAUUUUAUAUGUUUUUAUUUGUUAUUAGAGGCGCGGCUUGGCAUCCAAAAUGGGCAUAACAAACAUUGAUAGUAUAUGAGGGAAAGAAAAAGAGUAUUUGUAUUCAUCCCAACUAGUUAUCCAUAAAGGAGUAAAUCCUCAUUUAUAGGCAUCAUCAUUCCCAUGACAGUUGAAGCAAAUAGAAGCAGUGAAAGCCAAAAAAAAAAAAAAAAUUGUUAUUCUUUCCGGGCAGAAACAAUCCUAGCCCCAUUCUGUAAAGCGCUAUUCAGCACGCGAGGUUUCUGUCAUGGCCUCAAGCUUACGAGGGCAUCUCUUCUUACUUUUUAAAAAUACAAAACUUGUUGCACAGACAAUAACCUGCCAGCCUCUCGUGUAUAAGUCUUCUCCAAUCCGAAUAACCGAACCAAUCCACUAAUUUCUGCCAUAGUAAUACAAUUUGGUUGAUGCAUAAUCGAACAUCGCUCGUCCAUACCAAUCUAUAUUAGAAAAAAAAUGUCGCUUCUACCUCGCCAGUCCGUACCCUAAACGCCAAAUUAUAGGUAUAUAUCUCAGUAAAAAAGCAAAGAGAAGAGGAAGCAGAGGAUGGGUAAGAAAGAAAAGAAAAAGCAAUCUCGUGUCUCAUGAUGGUCCCUCAGCUGAGGUGACAAUGUUUAAUUCAAUGUUGCCCACUCGAUGACCUCGAGUGCCAUCAUGACAAGGAACAGUGUAGAGGGAAGGAUCCAGAUAACAUAGCUCUGAAACAGGAUUCUUCCCAUGGUCUGCUCAUACACAUUGUUGAUUUGGCAUAUUUGCGCAAGCUGAAGCGCACUAGGUGCACCGGUAAGAAGGAAGCAUACGACGAUGAAGAUGGGAUCAUCUAGAAUG